UUAAUCGAUACAACCUUUCAGUCUAAAGUUAAACGUAAGGCGAGUUUUCCGAUGUCUUCUAAGCACAUUUUAAGAAAUUUACCCACAAAUUUCGAAAAAAUAAAGUCGGAGACCCGCGAGAGGAAACGCAAUAUGUUGUAUUUAAUUCUGGGAUAUUUGAGCGAUAAUGCUUUAGACCAAACUGCCGAAACUUUAAUUACCGAGGCGAAUUUGGAUAUGAAUUAUCAGGUGUGUGAAAACGUGGAGCUUGAUGUGAUCCUGCAAGAAUAUCAGAGCUAUUACUACACGAAAUUCCAAAAAUACCCGCGGAUAGUACGGAAAUUAGAAAAAGACGAGAAGGGACCAACUGUCAACAGACGAGGAAAAAGCGCCAAAAGGACGGCAAAGACUCCGUCGCCGCCCAAAGAGAGUCCUCCAUCCGAAACUGAAGACUUCCAGUUCGAAAUUAUCUCCUUGAAUAACAACUGUACCACCCAAACAAAUUGCCCUCCCAAGCCCAAACCUUGUUUCCUAGAGUUGGAAAACUAUACAACUGACAACAAAGAACUGAUAAACCAAAUUUCCAACCAAGUGAUCGUGCGGGAUAUAAACGCUCAAUGGUCGGAUUGUGUCGGCCUGGAACAUGCCAUAGAACUGCUGAAAGAAUCUACGAUUUAUCCAAUAGAAUAUCCGGAACUGUUUAUAGGAUUAGAGCCCUGGAGAGGAAUUCUGUUGCAUGGCCCCCCUGGCACUGGAAAGACCUUGUUGGCGAAGUCUCUGGCAGCGGAAACACAGACUACAUUUUUUAACGUUACUAGCAGCACAUUCAUAAGCAAAUGGCGUGGAGAGUCCGAAAAACUAAUAAAAAACCUGUUCGAUGUGGCGAAACUGCACGCACCCAGCACCAUUUUCUUCGACGAAAUCGACGCUCUAAUGCCCCCAAACAAAGAGUCCCAACAUGAGGCCUCUAAACGCUUUAAAAGUCAACUGCUAGUGGAACUGGACGGCCUAUCGUCGGAAAAUAGCCGAAUAUUCGUGCUGGCCUCGACAAAUUCCCCUUGGGAGUUGGACAAUGCCCUUUUAAGGAGGUUUGACAAGAGGAUUUUUAUCGAUAUGCCUAGCAGGGAAGCCCGUAUAAACAUUCUGAAGAAUAACCUAAAUAUGCCGGUCAAAUUAUCAGUGGAAGAACUAGGGGAAUGUGGAAAUUUAACCGAAAACUUCUCGGGUUCUGACGUAAAAAAUGUGGCUAAAGAGGUUUGCAUGUCUUUAGUCAGGGAGAACAUUAAAAGAUUAAAAGGCGUCAAUAAACGUAUCGAAACAAGACAGAUUACUUUCGGUGAUAUUAAAUUAGCAUUACAAAAAAUAAGACCCACAAUAAGCACCGCGAUAUGUAAGAAGUAUUAUCAGUGGCAAAACGAACAUGGAGCAAUAUGAAUAAAUUGUUAUAAAAUA